CAUCUCACUAGCAAAACAGUCAAAGCAAAACAUGGCACAUUUUGCUCAUACCAGCACCACCGCUAUUCUUGCUUUCCUCAUCCUUCUUUACUCUUCUGAGUCCAUUUUGAGUGAUGAGUAUGGCCUUGAGUCCUCACCUGUACCAGAUUCAGAUGUUGAUCUCUUGGAGUUUCCUCUGAACCUUGAGUACUUGGAAGCUGAGUUCUUCCUGUAUGGCUCUUUGGGUUUUGGCUUGGACAAAGUUGCACCAAACUUGACAUUGGGAGGUCCAAAACCCCUUGGUGCUAAGAAAGCCAAACUGGACCCUUUCACUAGGGAUGUGAUAGAACAGUUUGCAUGGCAAGAAGUUGGACACUUGAGAGCUAUUAAAAAGACAGUGAAAGGAUUCCCAAGGCCACAGUUGGAUUUAAGUGCAAAAUCAUUUGCAAAAGUGUUUAAUCUUGCAUUUGGGCGUGUUUUGAAGCCACCAUUUGAUCCUUAUGCCAAUAGCUUGAACUAUCUCCUUGCAUCCUAUUUGAUCCCUUAUGUUGGUCUUACUGGUUAUGUUGGAGCAAACCCAAAACUCCAAGGCUCUACUUCCAAAAGGCUUGUUGCGGGUCUUUUGGGUGUGGAAUCAGGACAAGAUGCAGUGAUUCGAACAUUGCUGUAUAAGCAUGCUCUGGUGAAAGUGCAUCCAUAUGAUAUAACAGUGGCCGAGUUCACAAAUCGGCUUUCUGAUCUGAGGGACAAGCUGGGACAAGCAGGUUUGAAAGAUGAAGGCCUUUUGGUUCCAAAAUAUAAAGGAGCUGAGGGAAAAAUCCGUGGCAAUGUUCUUGCCGGAGAUGGAUAUUCAGUUGCAUAUGACAGAACACCGGAGGAGAUACUGAGGAUUGUAUAUGGAUCAGGUGAUGAACAUGUCCCUGGGGGUUUCUAUCCGAAAGGAGCUGAUGGUCGUAUUGCUAAAUCUCAUCUACAAAAUGAAUAGAACUGGAAGAAAUAAUACUAGUUCAUCUUAGUUUACCUUGUUUAGAAAGUUUGUUCUUUCUCUAGACAGAAAUAAAUGUUCCCUAAUGAUUGUGAUCAAGGAAUUUGUCUCCAGCUUC